AAUUGUAUACAAAAGGGUUGUGCUAUGCAUUUAAAAAUAACUUCAACCUUUUGAAUGUCCUCGUGUCUGAUGUCUAACAAAAACUGCACUAAAAAUACAAAGCUUUUAUUGUAAUUCGUUAGCGCUAUAGUAUGAAGUAGGGUCCAAAAGUUGCAUUAAAACCUUUCGUAUUUCGUCGACAAGCAAUCAUCUCGAUAACGAUCAGAUCAAUACAUCUAGUGUUAAUCGUAUUGAACUUACAAUGAGGGACUCAAUGCAUGUUGAUAAACCAAUUAUUGAACCUUUAUCAGGAACAGACUUUUUGUCGUCAACAAAUUUCCAAGUAGCACAGGAUACAACAGAAACCAGAAAAGGCCUGGGAAGUAUUUUUAAAACUGAUUAUCCCCCUUACAAUCAUUAUGGUAGAGAUGCACAGGCAGAAAGACCAGUCUUGGCAGAAGUUAUGCAUAGAGAUCAAUCGUAUUUCAAGGGUGAUCAAUCUGAAAGUACUCAAGCAUAUGAGUAUCGUUACUUAAAAAAACCUGUUGUAACGGACUCUUACCAAACACUGAGAGCUACAAAUUUCAAGACUGAUAGAGAUUUAAACAAGGUGGAUGUGUUUGGAACUAUGCAUAAUCAUUACUUUGUACCUAAAGUCAAUAACGAUUAUCAGCGUAUUGGACCUGCCACAAAUACUCAUCAAAGUCAUAUACCUAAAGGGGAUCCUGACAAAAUCACUCAACCAUGGUCUGACUACAAUGAUAAGUUCAGAGGUCACGACACAUCUGUGGUAAAAGUUUUCAGAGCACCAUCAAUGCAUGAAGGUGGUCCACCAACAGUAAAAGGAGAUGAAAGAUUGUCAAAUUUCAACACCACUCACAACUUAAUGUUCCCUGAUAAAUCACAGCCAAGAGUUAAAAUCUUAUCUGCUCCCACUGGUACAAAUGUACCUAAAGGAGAUCCUGAUAAAGUAUUACAGAGAGACACAACAAUGAAAGAAUCGUACAGCAACCUUACAAGCCAACACAAACACAAUCCUUACCUAAAGUCUGAAGUCAGUGGAGUAUUACGAAGAACUAAUUUCCAGUCUGAAGAUUGUUACAAAGAAAAUGAUUACUUUAGUACUGCAAUUAAUUCGUAUCAACCUACAUCUGUACCAGUUGACAGAUAUAAGCCACUCAAACACAGAAAUCAUAGUGAUUUUCCACCAGGUGAUAUGGAGAAUAGUAGAGUUCUAGAGAGAGUGAAUACAACCACAACCAGGGUGUACCAUGGAAAUCCUCCUUUGGGAAUUCACAAUACUAUUAUAUCUGGUGCUAACCUUCGUACAAAAAGUAAAGUAUCCUUUGGGGAGCCUCAGCUGAACAGAAAUUUUUAUGACACAACAAACUAUGAUACAUUCAAAGGAGUAAAAGUACCAUACACCUACGAUAGAACUAAAUUCCACAAGGAGAGUAGUAUACCUGUCAAUUACUAUAGUAAAGAAGAAACCGACCAUUCCUCAUCAUACACAGACUACAAAGAUCCAGUACAGGCUAAGAUGAUUCCUCAUAACACAGCACUUAAUAAUUUGAAGAUGUCCCAUAUAUUGCCUCCCCUGAGUGGACCACAACGUCACAACACAACACAUCAGGUGAUGUUUACACCAAAAGAAUCGGAGAAGUAUUCCUACGAUUCUGGUAGAUUACAACGCAGUUCUGUACCACUGGGUACAAUGACUUGUCAGUGAUUCCUGGGGAAGAUUACAGUAAAGAGACCUGCUCAGUCUGGUACAAAGACCUGUCCUGAUUCUACUGAUAAUCAUCAGGUGUAGGUUAUAGGGAGGAACAGUUCAUUGCUUUUAGAAUGAGAUAUGUUUUGAAAUUUAUAUGAAAUCACUUUUUAUAUGUUACUUUUUUAUGUGUAUUCUUGCUGUGUGUAUCAUUGUUAAACAAUAAUUGUGCACAUCAAUUUUCUUGCCAUUUAUCAAUUAUAUUUUUAUUAAAUCUGGAGUUGUUUUAGAAACUGUUAGUAGAAGGUGGAAUCAAACAUUUUCUAAUAAAUAUUGGUUAAAUCUAUGGCUAAUUCAUCUAAAGUGAGCUUCAAAAAAUGUUUAGAUACUUAGCAGAAAAUUUAAUUGAACUAACCACUGACUAGGAAAUAUGUUUUACCAUUGCAUAUGUUUGGUAUCUGUUGUAUUGAAGUAUAUGUUGUGACAACAGAAUAAGCACAUUAAUUAAAGGAUGUGGCAAGAGCUAAAAAAAUAUUUAUGAGUCUGAAUUAACAUCAUUGCUUAUCUUAACACUUUAAUUGAAGUUAAGGGCAUUGCUGUUAUGUUAAGUUUUGAAAUUUUAUUCUUUGUUGUUUAUAAAAAAAUGUUUUUAUGUAAUUUACCUGAAUGAACAAUUCUGUAGACAUGAAAGCAGAACUCGUUUUAUAGAAGGGAAAGUUUAAAGCUAUUACAAUUCCCUAUUUAGAUGGUUACAAAUAACGAUGUUCAUGAAUUUUCACCAUAGAGUUCUUGUUGAGAAUGAGUUGUGUUAUUGCAUAUGAAUUUUUACUUUAGCUAUUAGUUUAUUGAUUUAAAAACAAAAUUUAUUUAUAAAAAGUGUAUUUUGAUUUUCUAAUGCUUGUUGCAUGAGAGAUAUUUUUUUUUAUUUUUGCUAAUAUAGUAGUAGGAAUAUCUUGUUGAAAUAGGUCUGGUAGGUAAUUAGGAAAAAAAGGAAAUUGGUCUACUUUUGUUGAUGGGAAUUUAUGUGAUAAGCCAAUAUUGUGGCCCAUUUAAUUGAAGCUUCGCAAUUUAUCCUAUCAAUUAAUCAUGAAACAUCAAUAUACAACACUUAUAUUAGUACAUCAUGUAUCAAUAAUUUGUGCAAAUAUUGUCUUGCAUAACUUUUAGGUCUCUAAACUUUAAUUUAAAAAAAAAAUGCAAAACUGCUAAAAGUAUCUCAUUUGAGAUCUUCCCACUGUACAAAAGCCAUGCUUGGAAAACAAAUUUUAUAAUAGGAAGUCUGAUACAAAUAUGUAUAUGUGAGUCAGAAAUCUUUUGAGUUGAGGUUUUAUCCUUGGUCAGAAAUGUCAAUUUUAACAUGAUUAUAAUUUCAUUGGUAUUAAAAUUGAUGUUUCUACACUUAAAUCACUUGGCAGUAUUAUCCUAUUUAUUUGUAAAUUGAAUUUUAAAAUAUUGAAAAAUUUAAUUAUGUGUGCAAUUUUUAGGGAUUUAACAGUGGCCGGUUUUAUUCCUCCCCUUACAUGUAAGGGACAAAAAAAAACUAAAUAUAAUAGUACAAAGGGAGAUAACUCAACUGUUUCUUUAUUUCAGAUUUUCAUACUGCAUAGAAUUUUAAAAAUUAAAAUAAAAAAAGGAUUUUUUUAAUCUUACUCAGCUGCUCAACUUUAUUCUGCUAUAAUUUGCUCAUUUUGCCAUUAAAAUUUUCAUUACUUUGAUUUAUAUUUUAUGCAUUUACUGUGAGUUAAAUUGUUUUUGUUUGUUUAAAUCCUAAAUUUUCCCUAGUAUUUUUAACUGUUGAUAUCUAUCAGUAAGUUUAAUAUUUUUGUUUUGUUGUAUGCGUUUUAUUAAUAGAAUUUCUUGUCUCAUGUUUCAUAGAUAGUUUUAUACAUGUUUUUUUCAACAGGUUAACUGUUGUAAAUCAAUGAUUAUUAAGUGCCAAAUUCUGUACUAUAUUUAGUGUUUUCCAGGGUUUUGUUUUGGUGGAGGGGAGUUUUACUAAUUUCACAGUCUAAUACUUCAUGCAGAUGAUUUUAAUUUUGAACUAAUGAGCACUAAACUAACUUAUUUCAAAUAACCAAUUCGUGUAGAUUAUUUAUCAGGUCUUGAAUUAGAACAAAAAAUCAACAGAAAAUAUUACAUGUAUUAAUUUUAUUGAUUACCAUUUCUGGUUAUUAAGACAGGUUUUGUAAAC